CAUCAGUGUCUGUUGUUAGGGGGUGUGCUCAGUAGUUGCUCUAUAAUGGGUAAGCGGAUAUUUCUGGCGCUGUAGAGGUGACCUGAUUCUUGUUUCUUGACAGCCGGUGAUAAGACCAGACGUUUGUGACUACAGUCAUUCAGGAUGGCCGAACCACUUCGAGUUUUAGUGACUGGGGCCGCAGGACAGAUUGCUUAUUCACUCUUGUUCGGCAUUGCAAAAGGAGAUGUCUUUGGAAAAGACCAGUCGCUCAUCCUUGUCCUUCUUGACAUUACCCCAAUGAUGCCUGUCCUGAAUGGUGUUGUCAUGGAGCUGGAGGACUGCGCCCUUCCAAUUCUGAAAGAGGUCAUUGCAACCGACAAAGAGGCCGAGGCUUUCAAAGACCUUGACGUAGCAAUAUUGGUAGGCUCCAUGCCUAGAAGAGAGGGUAUGGAGAGGAAGGAUUUGCUGAAAGCAAAUGUGAAGAUUUUUAAAUCCCAAGGAGCUGCCUUGGACAAAUACUCCAAGAAAACUGUAAAGGUCCUGGUUGUAGGUAACCCUGCCAAUACCAACUGUCUGAUUGCCUCAAAAUCUGCAUCAUCAAUUCCCAAAGAAAAUUUUACUUGCUUAACACGUUUGGAUCAUAACAGAGCCCAAAGCCAGAUUGCAGUUCGACUUGGCAUCCCUGCCAAAGAUGUCAAAAAUGUUAUUAUUUGGGGAAACCAUUCUUCUACUCAGUUUCCAGAUGUUAACCACGCUAAAGCUACAGUCAAAGGAAAGACCAUUGGGGUAUAUGAAGCUGUGCAGGAUGAUAGCUGGCUGAAAGGGGACUUCAUCACAACUGUGCAGCAGCGAGGUGCAGCUGUAAUUAAGGCAAGGAAGCUGUCCAGUGCCAUGUCUGCCGCCAAAGCAAUCUGUGAUCAUGUAAGAGAUUGGUGGUUUGGCACUCAUGAGGGAGAAUUUGUUUCUAUGGGAGUGAUUUCAGAUGGAAAUUCUUAUGGCAUACCUGAAGAUUUGAUCUAUUCCUUCCCUGUGGCAAUCAAGAAUCAGUCAUGGAAGAUCAUAGAAGGCCUCCCUAUCGAUGACUUUUCCCGUGAGAAGAUGAAACUGACUGCUGAUGAGCUUGUAGAUGAGAGGGAUACUGCUCUUCAAUUCAUUUCCAGUGAAUGACUAAUUUGUAAACAUGAUGAUAAAAAGCACUUAAAUGUAGAUUGUUCAAAAUGCCGUCUAUGAGUCAAGUACUGUACCUGUUAAACCUAGUCCUAAACCACAUGCAAAUGCAUUUUGAGUCACAAUGUAACAAUGUGAAAUUGUGAUUAUAAGAACAUAUUAAAAGUCAUUAGCCUUGUCUUGCA